ACUUGAACCUUUCGCUCUGCCGGCCUCUUAUUUCCCUACAUCAUCUUUGAAACAUAUGCACACCAAGAGGCACCGCCAACUGCAGAUACCAGCGCCCUUGCGUGGCUAAAAACCUGGCGUACCUAUCUUAAGGUUGGCCGUUGACGUGCCUGUGUUGAAGAUUUCAGUACUACGGUUCUUAUUCGGCAGCGCCUUGAAGCACGAAAUGAAUGGAUGGCAUCUUCACCUCCCCUUGAUUUGUGUGUGGCCCAGCCUGCAUGCGUACCUCCUUCAGGUUAGGUACUAUCACUCACUUAUCUUACAGCAGCAACAUUGCAUACCAACCAACCUACCUAACUACCUCCUAGGUAGUACAUGCUGCCUGAAUAUCCCACGCUCAUGCUACAUUCAAUUAGCACCGCAUAGCAUACUGCAUGCUGCAUACCUAGGAGGUAGGAAUCUAAGGCAGCAUGUAUGUGUCUGAUGUACCUACCUGUAUCUCUAUGCAAAGCGAUAUGAACUGCUUUGGUCAUAGGAGAUAUACCUUAUAUAUUAUUUUUUUCUAUCUCUUUAUGCAUUGCAGACCCAGUUCCAGUCACAUCAACAUCAAAGGUACUGCGUUACGGCAGAAUUGAAUUCGUCGAUUCUUUCCCCACGUCCCACCCUUUGGAGACUGUCUUCUCUAAUUCAAUAUACCUAACUAUUCUUUACUCAAGCUUGAUGUUUCGUAGUGUACCCUUGUCUUUUUGGCGAGUCCGACCAUAAGAAUCACAAGACCCCCAGGUACAGGUAAAGCUGCCUUACCUGGUCUGCUAAGGGCCCUGUCUCUCGACCUGACCUCUGGUCGCACCGCCUAUAUGGUACAUAGUAGUAUUAGUAGGUACCUAUACAUGUAUGUCUCAGGUACUGCCUGGGUAGGUAGAUCUCUUGUUUCGAGCUGGGCA